UCCCAAAAGACAAUAAACCUUUUAUAACUAGACUAGCACAAGCAGGUUUCUAUUAUGCAAACAGUGGUGACGAAGUUGUUUGUUACAGUUGCGCGCGCAGAAAAAGUAACUGGCGUGAAGAUGAUAUUCCAAUGGAUAUCCACCGACAGUUAAAUCCGAAUUGUAAUUUUCUUCUCCGAAACUCCGAAGUUAAUGUUCCUAUAAGGGUAUCAGAGAGCUUUCUUCAAAACAGCACUAGACCAACUUCUCACCAGCAUCUUCAAAAUGGAAACGGUACCGACACAACUUCUGCCUCAAACACAACGCCACUAAAUACAUUGAAACAUUCACUUCAAACGACCAUCCAAACAAGUUCACCGAGCAGCAACAUAUUUCAAAGGACAUUACAAAACAAUACAGGGCUAGUUAGUUCAUCGGCAAUAGACACCGUACCUUCUAAUCGAAUGCCGUCAAGGGCUCAUGGCAAUUUUGUACAAACGGUAGAGACAAGUUCAAUAGCUCUGGAACGACAAUCGCAUCAUACUACAGUAUCAAGCAGUACCUUUGACCCUUCCAAUGAUGGCUCUUCAACACCAGCAUCACAAAACACAACUGAAGGAGCAAACAGAUCUUCUACGCCAAAAUACCCAAAAUAUGCCAGUAAAACUGUGCGUGUUACAAGCUUUAACGACUGCGGCGAUAUUGUUAUACCACCUGACAGUUUAGCCGACUCUGGAUUUUUCUAUGCUGGAUUUGGAGACUGUGUGAGAUGUUUCCAGUGUGGUGUAGGUAAGAAGCUUAAAACCAUUUCACACUUCCGUUUUUAUGGUCGGUUAAAUUCUUUAUUUCGUUGUAAAGACAAU